AUGGAAAUGACUAUUUCGGCAGUUGGAAGAAAAGAUGGUUUUUUUCCUUCAUUCUUAUCUCCGGGUAAGAUAUGUUCCAAUUUUGGGGAGACUUCUUUUUUCUUUAUCUUACUUCCAAGUCGGUCGGGUAUCUCUUUAUGGACGAAAUUUCCCAAUUCGCACCGUCUUCUUCGGGUGGAAUGUCUGGGAACUCAAUUCCACCCAAUUCUGAUUCCACUAUAUUCGCGGCGGGGGGCACGGCCCGGGAUGAGAAUUUUGGCUAUCAAGAAACAAGGGAAGAUCUUUGUAAAAGAGAAUACUCAUAUUAUAUAUUCAUAUAUUCUAAAUAUAUAA